AUGUCAUCAUCGAAGCGACACAGCCAGCGAUUUGAAUCUUUGCCAAGUAGUUCAGCCGACAGUAAUGACUGUCCCCCUGAGCUAACUUUGUCUCAUCACCAGCCCCGACACCACCACUACCAACAACAGCAGCAGCAGCAACAACAACCACAGCGGUCGUCCACAGGGGACGCGGACAUCGUACUUGUCGACAGUAUUGGCAGGAUGCGUGGUAGCAACGGUCUGUUAUACGCCGGGGCCACAGGCACUACUUCUGUGCCUGGCAGUGGACGGCGAGAAAAAAGUGGCCGAAGUCCUGCAGGUUCAAAACCAAGUCACAGACACGGUAGUCAUCACUCUAAAAAUAGCAGCAUGCUUCCCCCACCACCUGACCCUCCAGUAUUAGACACGUCGGAUUUGUCCACUUCUUCGGACAGUAUAGGCAACGGUGGAUAUAGCAGUUUUCUAGGUUCUACGAACAAUGGUCAUUAUCAGCGAGUACCCCAACCGUGCCCAGACCCCGACCCCAUCGGUACGGUCGGUAUGGGCGACAUUACUGGGUCGCCGGACUACCUGGACUCAAAUGACAAUCAACAAUUUGUGGAUCAUACCAGUUCCUGUUCUCCGGUUAAUUCAGACAGUUGGGGUGAUCCUAGCAAGAUUCUGGACAGUCUACAAGCGGAAACGACGACCGGAGAUGAUACGGCGAGCAGUACUUCGGAAUCGGAUGUUACACAAAUGUAA